UUGAGUCAUCGCUGGAGAGAGACAGAGAUUCUUAAAGUACAACAGAGGUCCGUUUAAACAACGGAAGAAGUUCGGCCACAAACAGCGAUCGAUUUGGAUCGAACUCCACGUGUUUGUUGUUGUCUCCUACUUGAAGUUUCAUAAGGUCGCCGUGCGGCACGAUGGGAAUCACUAAACUGGCCGAUUUGAUCCGCCGUCAAGCUCCCGAUGCCAUUUCUCACAAGGAUAUCAUUGACUACUCGGGGAAAGUAAUCGCACUGGAUACCUCUGUUGUUAUGAACCAGUUCCGUGCGGCCACACCUUUACUCAGCCCCCUGACAGGCCUCUUCUUCCGCACACUCACCUUCCUGGAGCAUGAUAUUAAGCCAGUCUUUGUGUUUGACGGGAAGCCUCCAAAGGAGAAAGCACCUGUUCUGGAGAAGAGAGCUAACACAGCUGGUUGGAGAUCAGCCAACCUUACAGGCGCAGCAUCAUCCCAGACCACCGAUUGUCUCCAGCUCCUGAAGCUUCUCGGUGUACCUGUCGUCCAGGCUCCAGGAGAUGCUGAGGCACUGUGCGCCUGGCUGGUGAAAGAGGGCACUGUGGACGCUGUGGCAUCAGAGGACAUGGACACACUGCCAUUUGGAGCCAACAUUCUGAUUCGCCAGCUAAAUGCCAAGAAGGACAGUGAGAUUGUCGAAUAUUCUUUAACCAAGUUAUUAGAGAAACUACAAAUGAGUCACGAGGAGUUUGUUGACCUGUGCAUUCUUCUGGGCUGUGACUACUGUGACAAGAUGACCGGUUUGGGUCCAAGCAGAGCUCUGACAUUGAUCCAGGAGCACCGUACUAUUGAGAAUGUGGUUUUGCAUGUCAACAGAAAGACUCAUCCCGUGCCACAAAUGUGGGGGUACAAAGAAGCACGGAAGAUAUUCUUGGAUGCACCACAGACAGAAGCUCCUGAGCUCACCUGGACUGAGCCUGAUGAAGAAGCCUUAGUUGGCUUCCUCUGUCACGUCAAACAUGUUAAGGAGGACAGGGUCCGCAAGCGAAUGGUGAACUUCCGUCAAGCGCGGGAAAGUAAUCGGAAGGAGAGAGAAAAGGAGAAGGCAGAAGGAUGCAGCCGGCAGUCUCGCAUGGAGGACUUUUUUAGAGUUACCAGAAAGAGGGCGCAGCCCAUCACAGCUGCAGACACUUUAAGCAGCAACAGAAAGAGACCAAAGUCAAAAUAGGAAACCAUUCCACCAUCCACGUUUGAAGAUUUUUAAAUCAAAUAAUUUCCAAACAGUAUGCCAUCUCAAACAGAUGAUCGUGUGAUGCAGCUCUUGAAUUUCUGACAGGAGUUUUUUUUCUUUACUAUACAUGUUGCUUAAUUCCUGUGCUGAUGAAGACUUUGCCAACAUCCAUGUCAGUGACUGAAUUCCAUGUAUUUGGAUGUAAUCUUCUGUACAGAAAAUAAUUGAAAUAGGACAAUAGUUUAGAGGCAGCAGCUUUAAACUUUGAAUCAUGGUUUUGUAUUGGAAGAAAACUCUUUUCCGUUUUUCCAAGUGCCUUGUCAAUCAAUUUAAAAGAAGAAAACAAAAGUCUUGCAAGACAUUGACUUCAAAUCUUUUUUCUUUUUUUUAAUGGAGGGGGGGGGGCCUCUGGUCCUAGCAGCAGUGUCUGCUUUAAUGAAGCAGUGUUUACUGAGCAAUUCGUCGGUGUAUCCAGCAGUUUCCUGCAAAGCUACCAAGACAGUCAGAGCGGGCGGUGGACGGCUAUGAAAGAGAACAUUGUAAUCACUGCCACAGAGUCCUUCCUCCGAGCCAAAACUAAAGACAGGGGAUGCCUCUUCACCAGAUAUUCAAUGAGCACCUGUGGUGGAAAGAGUGCCAAGGCAGAGACCAAAGACUUGAAUUUUAAAACAUUUGUGGUGACGAGUUAAAAAAGAGAUGGCAAAAUGUUUAAAAUCAUGUGAAGAAAAGUUUGUAUUUUGGAAAUACCACAAAACAUUGACCUAUGUUUCGCUUUUUUUUGUAUGUACUGUUCUUGGCUAUUUUUAAUUAAAAAUACUGUUAA